AUGGCGCCAAUCGACCGUUGCUUGGCCUCCAUGGCCAGGCUGUCCCUCCUCCAGACUCCUCGACCGGCAAUUCCCUCGAUACCAAAGUUCCUCGCUCCGGCAGCGGCCCAACAAGUUCGAAAUGCUUCGGUGGUUCGAAUCAGAAAGACGACCAAGAAGAAGAAGGCCCUUCCUAAGGACUUUAAGAGACAUAAUCUAAACAAGAGGGAGUUUCCUCAGUACUCGUUAUGUGAGGCUAUGAGAAUCCUCCGAGCCGUCGAGGUUGGCGAACCCCCCGCUUCGAUCAAGUACGAGGUACACAUCAACCUCAAGACCGCCCGUAACGGACCCGUCAUCAAGAACAGCGUCCGUCUACCCCACCCCGUCCAGAGCGACUGGCAAAUCGCCGUCAUCUGCCCCGAAGGCAGCGAGAUCGCCCGUGAAGCCACCGCAGCCGGUGCCGUAGCCGUCGGCCAAGAGACCCUCUUCGAAGCCAUCAAACAAGAAAAGAUUAACUUCGACCGACUCAUCUGCCACGAAGCCAGCGAGGCUGCCAUGAACAAGGCCGGUCUGGGAAAGAUCCUCGGUCCCAAGGGUCUCAUGCCCAGCAAGCGUAUGCGAACUAUCGUUCCUGAUGUCGUCAAGUCGAUGCGAGACUCUGCCGGUGCUGCCGAUUACCGUGAGAGACAGGGCGUUAUCCGCAUGGCCAUUGGACAAUUGGGUUACUCGCCUGACCAGCUUAAGAACAACAUCAAGGUGUUGCUGGCCAAGGUCAAGGCAGAGUGUGCCGAGAUUUCAGAGGAGGUGCACAAGGAAGUCCACGAGGUUAUUCUAAGCACGACACAUGGACCCGGUAUUAGUUUGAACGGAAACCUUAAGGAUGCUGAGGAGAAGAUUACCCCCGAGGCUUUGUCGAGCAUCAUGUAA